AACUUGCUCCAUGCUUGUGUGUGUGUGGAUUGAUGUAUGCUCAAACAUGUCUUCUUCUCAUUAAAGCUCAAUGUUUUAUUUUCUCAUUGAUUUUUUUUUUUUAAUGGACGGAUUUUUUAUCAAUAGUUGAUGAUUUGACAAAUGAGGUGAUUGAAAAUUUUAGGUUUUUCUAUGCGUUGGAGUAAUGUGAAGUAGAAUAUAAAAUGCAAUGUGGAUUUGAUUUUAAGGUUGGUUUGUAACUUUGGGAUGGUUUCUCCUGCGUGCAAAGUGUUCGACGAAAUGACUAUCUGUGUUCUUGUUUGAAAACGCUUGCAAAUUUGUAAUCGUCGUGGAAAUAAAGAGUAUUCUUUGUGUGAAGGGGACCGGUCACCUGUGAACUAUAGCGACGUCGGGAGCUCAUCACUGAUGACAUCAUCCGCCGUUGCUGUAUCAACGGAUCACGGGGAGAUGAUGGGAGACAAGCUUGUAUUAAGGGGUCUAAAGUUCCACGGGUUCCACGGGGUGAAGGAAGAAGAGAGGAAGUUGGGUCAGAAGUUUCUGGUCGACGUAGAUGCCUGGAUGGAUCUUCAACCAGCAGGGCUUUCCGACUCACUCUCAGAUACCAUCAGCUAUACUGCUAUAUAUCGCGUGGUUAAAGAAGUCUUGGAAGGAGCCCCUCAUAAUCUUCUUGAAUCAGUAACUGAAUCGAUUGCGUCCACAAUCUUGAACGAGUAUCCCCGGAUUUCUGCUGUGCGUGUCGUGUUGGGGAAGCCGCAUGUGGCUGUGGCCGGCCCUGUCGACUACUUGGGCGUCGAGAUUAUCAGACGUCGCAAAAGAGUUGUUCAGAGCUAGCCUCCACUAUCUUACAUGCCGUUGUUGCUGUCAAUUGUAAUUUGUAAACCCUUCUUAUACUUGGUUUUUGUUUGCUACAUUUUGCUUUCUCAGUUACUGUUUAUUUUAAGCUGUUGUCGUUUAUUC